UCUUUAUUCUUAAAGUUGCUGUUAGCACGGCCCGUCUCUUGCUGGUUCGUCUAUAAGUGCUGCUAAACCACUUCCAGAGCUCUUAAAAUGCUGCCCAAUAUUUGUGACAUUUUGGUAUUGAAAAUCGUUAUUGCCAAUCCAGUGGUGUUAUAUGGAUGUGAAAAUUUGCAUGGAGAAACUAAAUAUAGUCCCAAAGGCAAAACAGUUUGGGUUCAUAAUGCUAUAGGCUAACUUGGGGACCUUCAGAACAAGGAAAUAAGCUGCUAAAACUUGAUCUGAAGGUACAAGACUGGGUACCAGUGAGAAGUAAUGUCUUUUGUUUCCAGUGGAAUGAGUGCAGGUGGGAACUUCUCAUGCCUCCUUUGCACUGGGAAUAUGUGUAUCUGAGAUGUGUGAUUUUCCUAAGUAAAGCUAAAGCAAGCAAAUACCACUAAUUUUCAGUUUGCAUUGCAGCUUUCUGGCAUUUUAAGAAACCUGGAGUCAGCCUGGAUGCGCAUCAGGGUUUGCUUGAUGUAUUUUCUUGUAUGAGUGCUGAGUUGCCUGAUGUGUUCUCUCACCUGACUUCGGACCCGGGGACCGAGAGCUGCUUGAGGCACAGGCAUAGCCGGUGAAGGGGAGUCAGCACAUGCACUAUCCGCUGGCAUCGAGCGAGUGGCAGAAUUCCUGCUGGCCUGCAGCUGGGCAGCCCUGCUGUGGGAUGCUGCUUCACGUUUCAGCCCUUGUCCUGCUCGUGGCGUUUUCAUUGUAAGCACCUCUGUGCAGCGCUCCCGCCUGAGGCUCUGGUGUAGUGGGUGAAGUUUCUUGGACCAGAGCUCUUGUGCAGCUGCACACAGUUUUGGUGCCUUCUCUUGCACUGACCCCUCUGCAGUAGUGGAGUAAAGAAGGCUUUAAUUUCACAGGGUUUUCUGUUCUCCCUGUGACCUCUUCUCUGCUACCAAAGGUGUUUUUAAAUAAAGCCUCUAGAGAAAUGUUCCUUCUAAAGCUACAUAGUAAAAUGUGGCUUUUCAGGAAUCCCUGCUAGUUAAGCUUGUCUGAGCAAGUGGAUUCCAGUAGCAAGUCCAACCAUCCCAAGAAAAGCAGAGGACAAGGUGAGAGGUUUGUGUCGUCCUGUAUGGCAUCUUCAGAAAGAAGAUGAGGGAAAAGUGCUGUGGAAAGGGAAGAAUUUUGCAGAUACAAGAGGCCAAAGAGCAGUGGAAAACAAAGCUGUCCUGUGGCAUCUUUGAGAGGUAGAUGGAACCAAGGUGGAUGGAGAAGAAGCCUUGUGAGGAGGGUAACAUGAGUAUUCCGUGUUAGAGAAAUUUUUCUUUAUAAUGUCCAGCACAUGAGGGAGAAUACUGAUCAAAAAGACUGGGAGAAUUGAGAGCAAAAAAGCAGAGAUGAAGGAGAAAAUUUUGACUUGGCAACUAGAAUCACAUUUUCCAUGUGGUGUUUUAGAAGUCUGGUCACUGUCCUCAGCACGUAGGCUUUGAGGUUCAGCUAGAAUUGAAGGUGGUACUGGCACAGGCAUUUUUCCAGCUUCCAUCCAAAGCUCUUCACUUAAGUGCAAGAACAUAUGUUUCUGCAGAAUCAAACAAUUAAAGAUAUUGUCACUUAAAGCUUUGCUGUUGUGUUUCUUGGUCAUCACUCCCAUUUGUGGGGGCAGGAUAGUUUGUAUUCUUCAGAGCUGUUGCUGAAAGGGCACUUCUCUCUGCAGGGCUGGGAGGCAGUACCGGGGCUCAGAACAGUUCCUGUGCAGUCAGAAGAACAUGAGUGAGAACUUGAAGGACUGUUUGAUCCAGACCCAGGCUUCCUUAGGGGAGAUGGUGACGAUAAAAACAGAGGCCUGCUCUCCACACCGGGACCAGGAGUAUGGACAGCCUUGCUCUGGAAGGCCUGACCCACAGUCCAUGGAGAUGGAACCCAAGAAACUGAAAGGGAAGCGGGAUGUAAUCAUGACCAAGAGCUUUCAGCAAGUGGAUUUCUGGUUCUGUGAGUCCUGCCAGGAGUACUUCGUGGAUGAGUGUCCAAACCAUGGCCCCCCAGUGUUCGUGUCAGACACGCCGGUGCCCGUUGGCAUUCCGGACCGGGCGGCGCUGACCAUCCCGCCUGGAAUGGAGGUGGUUAAAGAGCCCAGUGGGGAGAACGACGUGCGCUGUAUGAACGAGGUGAUCCCCAAAGGUCACAUCUUUGGGCCAUAUGAGGGGCAGAUCUCUAGCCAGGACAGGUCUGCAGGAUUCUUCUCGUGGCUGAUCGUUGAUAAGAACAACCGCUACAAAUCCAUUGAUGGGACAGAUGAAACCAAAGCAAACUGGAUGAGGUAUGUCAUCAUCUCCCGGGAGGAGAGGGAGCAGAACCUGAUGGCCUUUCAGCACAGCGAGAGGAUUUACUUCCGUGCCUGCCGUGACAUCCACCCUGGGGAGAAGCUGCGGGUCUGGUACAGUGAGGAUUACAUGAAGAGGUUGCAUAGUAUGUCCCAGGAAACCAUCAACAAUUUCACAAGUGGAGAUAAAAUGUUACAGAACGACAAGUCAGAAAAUAAUGUAGAAAAUCAAGAGGAUGCAAGGGGAGCACUCCAGUUCACUACCUUAAAGCAGGGGAAGAGCCCCUACAAGCGCAGCUGUGACGAGGGGGAAUCCCACUCCCAAACAAAGAAAAAAAAAAUUGACCUCAUCUUCAAAGAUGUCCUGGAGGCUUCUUUGGAGUCUGCCAAGUUUGAAGAGAACCAGUUAGCAACAAGUACACCACUUUCCCUCAGAAGAGCAUCUAAAUACCAGGCUGAAGACAUCUUUGAGCAGUGUGGCAGUGCCAUGCAGCAUGGCUCCCUGAGCCUCAGCAGAAAUCAGAGUGAGAGGGAAUGGAAGGUCCCUCACAGCUCCUCUUUCAUCUCAGCCAAGGAGAUGAGCAUCCUUGAAGAUGAGGAAGAAGAGCCUCUGUCACUUAAAGCAGACAGCCCAACCGAGCUGUCACUGGUUUCUGCACAAGGCAACUCUCAUGAAAUCCCCACCACAUCCUUCUGCCCCAACUGCAUCCGGCUGAAGAAGAAAAUCCGGGAGCUGCAGGCUGAGUUAGACAUGCUGAGAUCUGGGAAGUUAACCGAGGCACCCGUGUUACCGCCCCAGGUACCUGAGCUCCAAGAGUUCUCAGACCCCACAGCUUCAGAAAGCAUCAUCUCAGUUCCCACCAUCAUGGAGGACGAUGACCAAGAGGUGGAUUCUGCUGAUGAGUCAGUUUCCAAUGACAUGAUUGCUGCUACAGAUGAGCCUUCCAAGAUGUCUUCUGCGACGGGCCGGAGGAUACGGCGGUUCAAGCAAGAGUGGCUUAAAAAGUUUUGGUUUCUGCGGUACUCCCCAACACUGAAUGAGAUGUGGUGCCAUGUCUGUAGGCAGUACACAGUGCAAUCUUCUCGGACUUCAGCCUUCAUCAUUGGCUCUAAGCAGUUCAAGAUACACACGAUAAAGCUUCACAGCCAGAGCAACCUGCACAAGAAGUGCCUGCAGCUUUACAAGCUCAGGAUGCACCCAGAGAAGACAGAAGAGAUGUGCCGAAAUAUGACCCUGCUCUUCAAUACAGCCUACCACCUGGCCCUGGAGGGCAGGCCCUACUACGACUUUCGGCCUCUGGCAGAACUGCUGAGAAAGUGUGAACUCAAGGUGGUGGAUCAGUACAUGAAUGAAGGAGACUGCCAGAUCCUAAUUCACCAUAUCGCCCGGGCUCUCCGAGAGGACCUGGUUGAGCGCAUCCGGCAGUCUCCCUUCCUCAGCAUCAUUCUGGAUGGGCAGAGCGACGACCUGCUUGCAGAUACAGUCGCGGUCUAUGUGCAGUACACCAGCAGCGAUGGGCCUCCAGCAACUGAAUUCCUGUCUCUUCAGGAACUCGGCUUUUCUACGACAGACAGUUACCUCCAAGCAUUAGACCGGGCUUUUUCCAGCCUGGGAAUACGAUUGCAGGAUGAGAAGCCAACUAUCGGCUUGGGAGUUGAUGGUGCUAACAUUACCGCCAGCCUGAGAGCCAAUUUGUUCAUGACAAUCAGAAAGACCUUGCCCUGGCUUCUCUGCCUUCCCUUUAUGGUGCAUAGGCCCCACCUGGAAAUUUUGGAUGCCAUUAGUGGGAAGGAACUACCCUGUCUGGAGGAGCUAGAAAACAAUUUGAAGCAACUGCUCAGUUUCUAUCGUUAUUCUCCCCGACUCAUGUGCGAGUUAAGGCUCACUGCUGCCACUCUGUGUGAGGAGACCGAGUUCCUGGGGGACAUUCGAGCAGUGAAAUGGAUCAUUGGGGAGCAGAACGUGCUCAACGCUCUCAUCAAGGAUUACCUUGAGGUUGUGGCCCAUCUCAAAGAUGUCAGUGGCCAGACCCAAAGGGCAGAUGCUUCUGCCAUUGCCUUGGCCCUCCUGCAGUUCCUGAUGGACUACCAGUCGAUUAAACUCAUCUACUUCCUGCUGGAUGUGAUUGCUGUGCUUUCACGCCUUGCCUACGUCUUCCAAGGGGAGUACCUCCUUGUGUCACAGGUGGACGAUAAAAUAGAGGAGGCCAUCCAGGAGAUCAGCCGGCUAGCAGACUCCCCUGGGGAGUACUUGCAGGAGUUUGAGGAAAACUUCCGUGAAAGCUUUAAUGGUAUUGCUGUGAAAAAUCUACGGGUGGCUGAAGCCAAAUUCCAGUCGAUCAGAGAAAAGAUCUGCCAGAAGACCCAGGUGAUCCUAGCCCAAAGGUUUGAUUCUCGCAGCCGGACAUUUGUGAAGGCCUGUCAGGUAUUUGACCUUGCAGCUUGGCCCAGAAGCACUGAUGAGCUCAUGAGCUAUGGGAAGGAGGAUAUGGUACAAAUAUUUGAACACCUGGAGACAGUCCCAUCAUUUUCCAGAGAGGUUUGCAGGGAGGGGAUGGACACCCGAGGGAGUCUGCUGAUGGAGUGGCGAGAACUCAAGGUGGAUUAUUAUACCAAAAACGGUUUUAAAGACUUGCUCAGUCACAUUUGUAAAUACAAACAGAGAUUUCCCCUCCUAAAUAAAAUAGUUCAGAUCCUCAAAGUCCUUCCCACCUCUUCGGCCUGCUGUGAGAAGGGGCGCACCGCCCUGCAGAGAGUGCGCAAGAACCACCGCUCUCGGCUGACGCUGGAGCAGCUCAGUGACCUGUUGACAAUUGCUGUUAACGGGCCACCCAUUGCCAACUUCGACUGCAAAAGGGCACUCGAUAGCUGGUUCGAGGAGAAGUCGGGCAAUAGUUACGCGCUCUCGGCCGAAAUGCUGAGCAGGAUGUCAUCUCUUGACCAGAAGCCGAUGUUGCAGAGCAUGGACCAUGGCUCUGAGUUUUACCCUGAUAUUUAGGAAGGAAUGCCUCAGAUCAGAUAAUUUUUUUAAUCUAUACUCUAAACUUUGAUAUAUUAUAUAAAAUAUAUAUAUAUUA